AUGGCGUUUCGGCCAAAGCUGCUCGGCUGCAGCGGGCUGGUCCUGCUGUGCCUUUUUGGGGUGUUCCUGUUAGAAGCCAGAGCCGGGAAGAUCCACUACUCGGUGCCAGAAGAAGUAGACAAGGGUUCCUUCGUGGGCAACAUCGCCGAGGACCUGGGGCUACAACCUCAGGAGCUGACGGAGAGCAGAGUCCGCAUCGUUUCCAGAGGUAAGAUGCAGUUUUUCGCUCUGAACCCGCGAAGCGGCAGCUUGAUCACGGCAGGGAGGAUAGACCGGGAGGAACUCUGUGCACAGAGUGUACGGUGUAUGGUGAGUUUUAACAUUCUACUAAAGGAUAAAAUGAAGCUUUUCCCUGUCGAUGUGGAAAUAAUUGAUAUUAACGACAAUACUCCCCAAUUCCAGUUAGAGGAACUGGAAGUUAAAAUGAAUGAAAUAACCACUGUAGGUACCAGGAUCCCUCUGCCAUUUGGCCAAGACCUUGAUGUGGGGAUGAACUCGCUCCAGAGCUACGAGCUCAGCUGGAACCCUCAUUUCUCCCUGGAUGUGCAGCAGGGAGCUGGUGUGCCCCAACACCCAGAGAUGGUGCUGCAGAGACCCCUAGAUAGGGAAAAAGAAGCUGUCCACCACCUCGUGCUCACCGCCUCGGAUGGGGGUGACCCAGUUCGUUCUGGCACCCUUCGCAUCCGUGUUCAGGUGGUAGAUGUCAAUGACAAUCCUCCAGCGUUCACUCAGGCACAAUACCACAUAAAUGUCCCCGAGAACGUGCCACUGGGCACUCAGCUGCUUGUGGUAAAUGCCACAGACCCAGAUGAGGGAGCCAAUGGGGAAGUAACAUACUCGUUUCACAAUAUAGAUCACAAAGUGGCCCGAAUAUUUCAGCUGGAUUCUUACACUGGAGAAAUAGUAAACAAAGAACCACUGGAUUUUGAAGAAUAUGAAAUAUAUACUAUGGAAAUUCAAGCUCAGGAUGGUGCUGGGCUCAUGUCCAGAGCUAAGGUGCUGGUCACUGUUCUGGACGUGAAUGAUAAUGCCCCAGAGAUGACCAUCACCCCUGUCACCACUGCAGUUCCAGAAAACUUUCCUCCUGGGACCAUCAUUGCUCUCAUCAAUGUGCAUGAUCAGGACUCUGGAGAUAAUGGUCGCACCACAUGUUCCAUUUCUGGAGAUCUGCCCUUUAAAUUAGAGAAAUUGGUUGAUAAUUAUUACCGUUUAGUGACAGAAAGAACACUGGACAGAGAAUUCACCUCUGGGUACAAUGUCACAGUGACAGCAGCAGAUGAGGGAACUCCAGCUCUCUCUACUGAAGCUCAUAUUUCUCUACUAGUGACAGACGUCAACGACAACCCUCCAGCCUUCCCCCAGGAAUCCUACUCUGCCUACAUUCCCGAAAACAACCCCAGAGGUGCCUCCAUCUUUUCCGUGACCGCCCAUGACCCUGACAGCAAUGAGAACGCGCGAGUCAUUUACUCCCUGGCGGAGGACACCAUACAGGGGGCGCCCCUGUCCUCCUACUUCUCCAUCAACUCCGACACAGGAGUCCUAUACGCACUGCGCUCCUUUGACUUUGAGCAGUUCCACAACCUGCAGUUGUGGGUGACAGCAAGGGACAGUGGGGACCCGCCACUCAGCAACAAUGUAUCACUGAGUCUGUUCGUGCUGGACCAGAACGACAAUGCACCUGAGAUCCUGUACCCCGCCCUCCCCAUGGAUGGUUCCACCGGUGUGGAGCUGGCACCCCGCUCAGCGGAGCCUGGCUACAUGGUGACUAAGGUGGUGGCGGUGGACAGAGACUCAGGCCAGAAUGCAUGGCUGUCCUACCACCUACUCAAAGCCAGCGAGCCGGGUCUAUUUGCAGUGGGGGUGCACACAGGUGAGGUACGCACAGCGCGGGCCCUGCACGAGAGAGACGCACUCAAACAGAGUCUUGUAGUGGCUGUCCAGGACCACGGCCAACCUCCUCUCUCUGCCACUGUGACGCUCACCAUAGCCGUGGCUGACAGCAUCCCAGAAGUCCUGGCUGACCUAGAUAGCAUCAAGACUCCUGCCAACCCUGAUGACUCGGGCCUCACGCUGUACCUGGUCGUGGCAGUGGCCACAGUCUCUUGUGUCUUCCUCGCCUUCGUCAUUGUUCUGAUGGUGCUCAGGCUCCGGCGCUGGCACAUGUCGCACCUGCUCCAGGAUCGGAGCAGAGGAUUAGCAGACGUACCUGCCUCUCAUUUUGUGGGCAUGGAUGGGGUGCGGGCUUUCCUGCAGACCUACUCCCAUGAGGUGUCCCUCACUGCGGAUUCCCGGAAGAGCCACCUAAUCUUCCCCCAGCCCAACUAUGCAGACACACUUAUCAGCCAUGAGAGUUGUGAGAAAAAGGACUUUCUAUCAGCACCUCAAUCUUUACAUGAAGACAAAAAGGAAACAUAUCCUCAGAUUCAGCUUCAAUCAGGUCCUGAGAAAGUCUUUCCUGACCCCGGAAUCUAG